AUGGACCCAACAACCCUUUUGCAGUUUUCUUCUCAGAACUUGAAAGCAUGCACCAGCAAUUUCAAUGAGAACAACCUCAUUGGAUUGACACAGUUUGGUAGAUUGUUUAGAGGCAACCUUGAAGGUCAACGUGUAUUAGUGAAAAUAUGGGAUAGAGAAAAAUUGGAGUGGAUAAGUUCCAAAUAUAAUGAUGAGUAUUUGAUUAUGAAAGCAAGAGGAAGUAAAGUUUUGGAUAAAUCCAACAUUGGAAGGUUACCACAACUUGGUGACCUUGAUUGGCUAUACUUGGGAGAUAGAUAUAGCCUUAAUUGGGUUCAGAUAACAAAUGUAAUUCAUGAGCUUGCAAAACUCCUGAAUUUCAUUCAUGACCAGAAGCAGAAUAUGGUGUUAAAUAUCAGUGCAUCCCAUACCCUUCUUGACAAGGAUUACAAGCCACAGUUAUUUGAUUUGCUGUUACUUGGCGAAGUGAAAAUGCUAAAGGAAGAAUUAACAAUGUCAACUAGCUACAUCGAUCCUUAUUUUUCUAUAAAGGGUGGUGAAUGGGAUAGAAGCAGUGAAGUGUUUUCAUUAGGCAUUGUUAUGCUUCAACUAAUAACCAAAAGAAUUUCAGGCAUUAGGAAGAGAAAAGAUGGCAACUUAAACUUGGAUAGUCUAAUGCAUAUUUGGGCCAAGAAUGAGUACAAGCCGAAUUGUUCUCUAGUCCACAAAACUCUGAAGGAAGAUUGGUGUUAUUGUGCUGAAGAUGGUGUUGCAAUAACUCUACUUGCUAUGCAGUGCAUAGAAUUUUUUCCAGCAAACCGUCCAUCAAUGAGAGAUGUCUUGCACAGUUUAGAUAAUCUUUCAGUGUUACAACGUUUGCCUGAUGCUAGACCAACAAAACGGGAAAAGUAA